CCAGGCCCCGGCCGGGCAGAAGCACAGGGCAUUUGUUAUGCACCUUAAGCCGUACUGGAAACUCCAGAAGAAAGAGCACCCUCUUGAAAUCAGCGGGGACACUCUGAGAACACCUAUGAGCCACGGAAAGGCCAGCAGUGAUGAGAAGGCCAGAGCCAACUACAUGAAACCAACCGUCCUUCCUUCGGCCUCCCUCGUCAAAGCAUCAUCUAGAAAACCUUCCGGGGUCCUUUCUCCAAAUGUUCUGUGCAGUAUGAGUGGGAAGAGCCCUGUAGAGAGCAGCUUGAAUGUUAAAGCCAAAAAGAAUGUGCUGUCUGCAGCAGUGCACCAGAGUGAGGAGGGACUGCCUGGGGGCUGGACUAUUGUCAAACCUGAGAACACGAAAGAGAAAAUUGCAUUCUUUGCAGCCCACCAGUGUAGCAAUAGGAUAGGCUCUAUGAAAAUUAAAAGUUCCUGGGAUAUCGAUGGAAGAGCCACUAAAAGAAGGAAAAAAUCAGGGGAUCUCAAGACCAAGUUACAACUAGAAAUGAUGAGAGAGAUCAACAGCCAGUGGUGUGGCGUCGAGUACUGUUCUGUACAUUCCAUGAGUGACAGUGGGGAUGGUGUCUGUGCUGCAAGGCCUCUGUCAGUGAUACAGAUGGUUGCCUUCCUCGAGCAGAGAGCCACUGCUCUGCUAGCUAGCUGCACAAAAAACUGCACAAAUUCGUCUGCCAUUGUGAAGAUUUCUGGCCAGUCCCGAGGUAUGCCACCUGUACCUGAGCCCUUUUCUGCUCUAGAAACUUGUGAAGAACCCAAGGAACGAGAAAAUCCUGAGACUGGCAGAUCCCAGAGUGAGCCGGUCCGUGUCCUUGACAUGGUAGCCAGGUUGGAGUCUGAGUGCCUGAAGCACCAGGGCCAGCGGGAACCUGGGAGCUUAUCACGCAAUAACAGCUUCCGUCGAAAUGUAGGCAGGGUGUUGCUCACUAAUGGUUCUCAGGCCAGUGACAAAAAUGAAGAGAGCUCUGCAGACACAGCCGACCCUCAGGAGCACCCCUUGCAGCCNGUAUCUGUGGGUGAAGAACCCUCCGUAACUGAGCAUCAUUUUGUAGGGGAGCAGGCCUGGGAUGGCACUUCUCAGAGCUGUCCCUCAUUGCCAGCCGCUGUGAGCUUCCACACGGACAGCACAGAGGCAGAGCCCGGGCAGCAAACAGCUGUGAAGAACUGCAGCCGGGGUGACGUAGAAAUGGUGGAGGAAUUUGAUGAAUUGCCUACAGAUGCUGUCAGUUGUAUAAGUAGAGAGCUUGUAACACUCACAAAACACAAUCCUGAGCAGAGACAGGACCCGCUGUGCAUCAGCGUCACUGUGUGCACAGUAGACAAAGCCCAGCCGUCGGCUUUAGACUCCCUUGAAGAGCCUCUUCCUGGGAUGCUCUUCUUUCUGUCAUCUGGACAGGAGCAGGAAGAGCACCCCCAGCCGAGGGAACCCCCAGCACCAGAGGCCUCAGAGGCCAGUCAGCCUCAAGAUGCUGCUGANGGCAGCAGUGCUCGUGAGGAGAAAGAUGCCUCUGUGGAGCCGCUCGUCCCAGCAGCCUCUGGGGGAGGGAGCACCUUACAGGUGCUUGAGGCAACCACGUGCAAAAAGCAGGUGUCGCAGGACUUCCUGGAGACCAGGUUUAAAAUCCAGCAGCUUCUGGAGCCUCAGCAGUACAUGGCAUGCCUGCCCCACCACAUCAUGGUGAAAAUCUUCAGGUUACUCCCUACCCUGAGUUUAGCAAUUCUUAAAUGUACCUGUCGCUACUUCAAGUCCAUCAUUGAAUACUACAACAUCAGACCAGCAGAUUCUCGGUGGGUUCGAGACCCACGAUAUGGAGAAGACCCUUGCAAGCAGUGCAAGAAAAGGUAUGUGAAAGGGGAUGUGUCCCUGUGCCGGUGGCACCCCAAACCCUAUUGCCAGGCUUUGCCAUAUGGGCCUGGGUACUGGAUGUGCUGCCACCAGUCUCAGAAGGGCUUUCCUGGCUGUAAGUUAGGCCUUCAUGACAAUCACUGGUUACCGGCCUAUCUCUUUCUAGUGACUUGCCUUAUACAAACACAACUAGGAGAUACACAACAAGGAGACUUGAAUGUGACAACCGAAAGUAGUCCAAAUCAGAUUGGGAAAGGCUAA